CUUCUUUUGUGGGUCUUGCAAGUGCAGUUCAAGCACAGUUACGUGAUUUCAACUGUGAGGACCUUACCCGAAGCACAAGUGAAAGGUUUCAGCUAACAGAAAGUAAAUUGUCACAGUGACACGCCGUGCGAAUUAGUCUGUCUAAUUUAUUUUCGCUUGUUUGUUGUCCACUUUUCAUUUAUUUGUUGUGACUGUAUCUGUGGGAAUAUUUGAUCAGCGGCAACAUUAUGUCAAAUCUCCGGCCUAGACUUUGUGUUUUAGGAAAGGGGUCGAAUGGCUACGGCUUUCAUCUGCACGGUGAGAAAGGGAAAACCGGACAGUUUAUCCGACUCGUAGAACCAGACUCUCCCGCCGCCGCCGCCGGUCUCUUCGCCGGGGACCUACUGACGUUCGUUAACGGGGACAGCGUGGAGAGCGAGAGCCACCAGCAGGUCGUUGCCCGGAUACGAGCCACAGUGGGCAGCCUCGAGCUGAUCGUGGUAGACGCUAAAACGGCAGAGGUACUAAAUAAGCACAGCUUAAAGUGCCGUAAAGAGUAUGUCACGGAGGGGAUCCCGUUACCAGGGGAAGCAGCGAAAAGCAACGGGACCUCGAGAGAGACGACCACUAUACCGGCAGAGAACGGAAACCUUUCCCUACAGAGGCUGAGUGUCAACACCAAGGAAUCGAAGGCAGAGCUGCGUCCUCGUCUGUGCUCGCUGAAGAAGGGUGUGACGGGCUAUGGCUUCAACCUGCACAGUGAGAAGUCUAAACCAGGCCAGUACAUCAGGGCUGUGGACGAGGACUCUCCUGCAGACAAGGCUGGCCUCAAACCCCAGGAUAAGAUAUUACAGGUUAACAGUAUGUCAGUAGUAGGGAUGCAGCACAGUGAGGUGGUAGCAGCCAUUAAGGCCGGGGGAGAUGAGACCAGUCUACUGGUGGUGGAUCGUGAGGCAGAGGCUUUCUUCAACAGCUGUGACAUCAUUCCUACUGAGGCCCACCUCACAGGACCUCUUCCUGAACCUGUGUCGGAUGGAGGAGCAGAAGAGGAGGUGGGGGUAAAGCCUAAGGUGUCCGUCAGUUCGUCUACAUCCAGCGCUUCCUCCACUGGCUCUCUACCAACAGCCACUGCCAGCACCCCUCCACCAGAGGCACAAUUCCAGGUGCUUCCAGCUAAGGAGUCUGAUGCAGGCCUCGCCCUCAGCAUGUCUCUAGCCCAGGCCAAGGAGAGGGCUCACCAGAAACGUUCAGCCAAGAAAGUCCCUGCCAUGGACUGGCGCAAGAGGAAUGAACUCUUCAGUAACCUAUAAACCACAUAUUUCCUUCCUCCUUUUUGUCUACCUUUUUGCUCUCUCCAAACGCGCGCGCACACACACACACACACACACACACACACACACACACACACACACGUGAAAGUGUUAUUGGUUGUGAUUUCAUGAUUUUCAUCAUGUGUUAAUUUAGGGGUUUCCACUUUUAAAAAAAAAGAAGCCACUCCUAAAUAAGAAACACUGUAAUUAACAAUUAGAAGCUGGAAAAACAAUGUACAGUUGACCUCUAGUAGAGUAAGAUGAUGACAAAAUAAGAGAUUAUGGGCUGCAGGGAAAAUGAUAAAGGAAUUAACAUUGCUAUAAAGUGUGUUGUCAGUCUUUUAAUCUGCAAUCUGGUUGGUUGGUGGUCGCAAUGCUUCCUUAUAAAAUCAUGAGCUAGCCAAUGGCAAGCUGGAACUGAUAGAGCUUUGUGGAUGACUGAUUCAUCUUCAAUCUUAUUUCCCGAGACUUUCAUGCUUUAGUACUUCUGACAAGAUGAACGACAGACGAUCUGUUGAAUUCUUAGCAAUACACGACCAUUGUUUAAGCAUUUAUCACCUAAGUGGUCUACACGUCUGUUUGGCAAAUAUUACUGAAUUUGUUCAGGAAUUGUAUCAUUCUAAAGUUGACCGCUGGUUUACUUUGGUGUGAUGUUUACUACCCUGUCUAUUUGAAGAUUUUGUCAUGUCAAUUCUGUUCUAAAUGUGACAUGGUCAUAUAUGUGGUUCUAGAUUUUUGAAUCCAAAGUGAACCAUUCUAUCUGUGUAAAGUUUAAACAUUCCUGGGUUAACAACCUGUCCAAACCGGAGUUCAAUCACACCUAUUGUAAAAUUCUCAAAUUUUUUUCCCCCCUGCCAUUGUCUCAACAUUUUAAAGAAUGACAUGAAAAUAUAAUUUUUCAUGUUUCUUUCAUUAGAUUUGUACAUAGUGAAAUAUGUCUUAAAGAAAGAAAUCCUCCGUUUGUUUGUUUCUGAAUAGACUCUUGGUUGAAUGGAAUGUUAGCCAACUGUACAGUGUAUCAGUAAUUUCCUACUUUGUGUCAGUUAACUCUGGUUUAGGGCGCCACUAGGCGCUAUAGUAUAGACCAGGGAUCACCUCUGGUCCUGGAGAGCUACUGGGUGUGAAGGCUUUUGUACACUGUACACUGGUAGAAGGGCUGAGUUGUAUUGAUGAUGACAACUAUAAAUUUGGGAUCAAACACGUC